AUGGAAGAAGGAACCGAUGUUCUGGCAACGCUAAAGGCUGAAGCCGCUGCACACCGAGAGGGUGGAAACUUUAGAGAGCCCUCCCCGCCGCGCAACGCCAGAGCAACUGCCAGCCGAAACGAAGAUGAGAGUCACAUUGACACUGGGGGAGAAGGAAGUUCGAAAGACCUAUUCAGCGAAGCCCUGGCCCUUGGACAGAGCAAAAGGCAGGCUGAUCGGCAGGAUGCCAACCACAGCGGAGAGGAGAGUCGGAAGGGUCUCAUCGGCGGAAACCUAGCCUUUGGAAAGGGUCAAACGCAAGCCGAUGGACAGGACUGGACUCGGCCCGGCAACACAGCGUCCGUAUCGAGCUCCAACGAGACUGAUGGCUCUUCUGCCAGUCACAAAGAUCAAGAUACGCUACCAACGUCAGCCGAGAACUCGGCUGAACACCCACGAUCUGAAUCUCCGGACUCGAGCAAGGAUGUGGCAAAACAUCACACUUCGCAAUCUGCCGAGGAUGCCCACCAAGAAGCCUGCGGAGCCGUGGGAUUAGACACAGACGCCAAUGACAGUGGAGCCGACCACGAGACUCGACUCCCUGAAGCCAACGAGCGCGUCGAGCUGCCACCUGCAACUGAUGGUCUCCUCACGACCAGCGAACCCCCCACCGUAGAAACUGGGUCACCCGCAGAUGAGGAGGUAGCGACCGUGGUGGCACCAACGUUAUCUGAGCCGCCUGAAUCCAACGAAACACCUAGCCGAGAGGCGCUGAACGAAACGGGUGCUAUGACUGUGGUUGCCAUCCCUGAAAACCAGGCUCUUCCUCGAGAUCCCACACCUCCGCACGAUAUUGGACCUGUCGCAAUCCCAUCUGCUUCAUCUUCAGCAAUCAACAGCAGGCGUCUAAUGGUAAAGGCCUUAAUGGGAAGCCACAAAUGGGGUCUUCUGGGACACAAUGAGAUCCAGGUUGAGCGCCGCCUCAGGGAUGAAGUCACAAGACGUCUAGAGCACAGUCCAAUAUUGGGGGGCUGCGAGCCCAAACUACAAAGACUGUUUGCCAUAGGGCGGAAGAAGUCUGGCAAAGUGCGUAUCCGGAGCUACGAAUUCCAUGUCACACUGGAACUCAACAAGAAAAGUUUCAAUGAUGCGAAAGCCCUGCUCCACAACACAUUGGACCCGGAUGAUUACCGGCAAGGCCUCAUUGACAUGCACAUCGAGUUGAAGUGCGAGCGUUUGGAUCCAGGGUCGGGCCCUCCGGAGGCCAACACAGUCGGUGAACAUCAACAGGUCGGCGACGUCGACUAUCCUCUCAGUGUAUGCGGGGCGCAAUACGAACUGUAUGGUCGGAGGGGAACGGCAGGAGGCGUCUUCCUGAUCGACGGCCUCUACUACAUCUUGAUUGCGGCUCACAAUGUCCUCCCGAACGAAACAGAAGACCCAGAAGACCCAGAAGACCCAGAAGACCCAGAAGACCCAGAAGAUCCAGAAGAUUCCUCCUACCAGGAUUCCGAUCGCGAUGAAGUCUUUUCUGACAAACGCGGCUAUGACUGGGAUUCGGAGUCUGACAGCGACGUUGGUGAUGAGGCGUGGGACAACGAAUGGUUCGAGAGAUACGGAAUGGACACACAGCAGGCCAGCAAGUCACAGACUGAGGACUUCGCCAAUCCGCAAGUUCACGACUUACAAACCUCAGGCGGCUUCUGGAAGGGCAAGCCGCAGGAACCGCGCUUUGCUGCAUCGGUAAGCGAGCUGAAGAUUUCACCAACUUUGAAAUCCAUCCAGGAUUGCGACUGGGCCCUGGCCAGGGUCACGGCUCUUCGCCACCGAGAAUUGGGUUGGAUCGACGUUGCGCCCAAGUCAGAAGGCACAAAGCUUAUCAACGCAGUUGAGGUUCCCAAGUUCGGAACUUGCGGGCCCGGCCAGCAUUUUGUAACAGGAUUCUCGGACGUGUUGGACGAUAGAGAUACCGAGCAAAGCGUUGAAGGUGACCCCCUCGGCCGAGUUGGCCAUCCCUUGUACGUCAUAACGGGCCGCGGGGUGCUGAGGGCAGAGAGCUUGGGGGCUGUUUUUGAUCCGAAGAAGGGAGCUAUCCAGCUGCUGGAAAGAAACUUCGAGAAGGGAGAUUCCGGAGCAUGGGUCAUUGAGGCGGACACCGGUCGUCUUUGCGGGAUACUGGUGUCUAUCGUCAUGUCGGUCAACGAGGGUAUUGUGGAGUUGGCCUCCAGCAUCCGGUCGAGCCUGAAGGCCAGCUUGGUGAUGCGGUACAGCGAGAGGAAGCAAGAGAUGAUGGCACAUGUGGAAUUCCAGGCCUGGAAUUCUACAGGGGAUGACGUCACACCACCACCACCACCACCACCACCACCCGUUGCCGAUUUCCCGGCCGAAGAACACACCUUGUCCAUCCUCCCUCACCAAAAUCAUCCAGAGCUUCCGCCUGUAUCGCAGAUUCUGGGAUCUCUUGCGUUCUGGGGCCACACUUCUUGCCUACAGGCUUUACUUGAGGCGGAUGACCUGGACACAAGGUCGCUCUUCAUCUCUUUGCGGAAAUCAGUCGAGGGAGGCAGGCACGAUACAAUACUGCUGCUGAAGGCCAAGAUCAAAGCAGCCAGGGCGUCCAAAGAAGGCACGCGCGACAUCAGAGCCUUUCUGAAACAGAAGAUCAGAGAAGCUUGGGCACAAUGGAAAGCGGAUGCCGAGACGGGCACUUUGCUGAACCUUGCUGCAGAGCGUGGUGCCACCAUCUUGAAGCUGCUCCUGGACGAGGUUGUGCAGCCCUUCGUUGUUGACAAAGGUCUGUGGACUCCACUCCAUGUCGCCGCACGGAAGGGGGAUCUCGAAGCGGUCGAUUUGCUGGCCAGCGCAGACAAGGAUGGGAAGUGGUUUCAACACCCAACUUCGCUUGGCUACAAUCCUCUGGACUUUGCCGCGUUCGGUGGCUUCCCUGCCGUGGUCGCACGACUUGUUCAACACAUGAGCUUCCUCGGCUUAGAAAACGCCCCCGAGCUCCGCAGUCGCGCACUACGCAAAGCUAUCGUCGGACAGUCCACCAGUGCCAGCGACCACGAAGAGACCCUUCGCAUUCUCCUUGACGCCGAUUCCGAGACCGAAAAAAAGCAUGUGGAAGGCUACUUUGAAGCAUUACAGGCCGCAGCUGAGACUGGCCAACUACGUCUCUUCGAAAUGACGCGCCAAAGCACGCCCAAACUCGAUAGUCAACACCGGCGACAGCUGGAGCUUUGUCUAUGCACCGCCGCGUCGUAUGGUCAUGCUGAAGUGGUGGAGAAACUGCUUUCGCUCGGAAUUAGCGCCAAUGCCGAAGACAAACGUCACUAUCCUGCUUUGCACCUUACUCUCAUGAAGCGCCACAUCGAGGUCGCUCCUGUGAAAGAGCACACCGGCGUUGCUUCUAUGAAACAUCAUCCCAUCGAUGUUGCUACUAUGAAACGCCACACCGAUGUUGCACUGUUGCUGGUGAAACACCAGGCAGAUUACCUUGACAAGCAAGUCGAAGGCCUCACGGCCUUUCAGUGGGCCGUGAGGAAAGGCUACACUGGAGUCAUCAGGCACUUCCUCACCUCAAAUGCAUCAUUUUUGAUGCCUCAAUCCGACCGCACGAAAGAGGAAGAGAAAAUCUUUUUGAAAAACAAAAAGAGGAUUCUCCAUUUGGCUGUGAGGUCUGGGGAUCUGUCAGCUGCGGAGAUGCUUCUGGAGCAUGGUGCUGACAUGGAAGCCACUGACAGACAUGGAGAUACCCCGCUUCAACUUGCCGUCUUUGAACGCAGAACUGAAACCAUCCGAUUUCUUCUGGGUCAAGGAGCGGACAUAGAUGUGCGGGGCGGCAAAAACGGACUUCCUUUCCAAAUCGCCGCAGCGAGAGCCGACGAUAAGGAAAUGGCAGAACUGUUCAUGACACGCGGCGCUCAAGUGACGCUGAACAUUCUGAAGGCAGCUGCGAAGAAUCCGCGAGCGUCACCCGAGAUCAUGAGCCUGCUUCUGGAAGCGCAAUCCAUUGAUGAUGGAUUGGAGCUUCUGAAAGCAAGUCUCAGCAGGCGCGACGGCAUAUUGAAGGCAGAAUGGCUUUUGAUGCAUCUCGCAGUAAAGCUGGAAAAAGUCGAUCGGCAUUUGCUCCAGAACCUCGUCUUGCGAUCAGAUCAUGAUGUAGUACUCGAGGCACUUGUCAUGAAGGGCAUUUCAAUUUCACCCAGUCUGGAGCUGAUCGCAGCAGCCGCGACGAAUGUGGUGGACGGCCUUGAGAUGAUGGAGAUGCUUCUGGGCUUGGCAGGCGAAGGGGCGGAACCGACUUCGGAAGUUCUCAGCAUGGCUGCAUCGAACGAAAUGUUUGGCAAGGACCUCGUCACUAUGCUCUUGAGUAGAUCUGAGAUCAAGAUAUCGGACCUCACCUGGGACGAAGCUAUGGGAAACAGCCGUUGGGCCCCUCAGAUCCUCGGUAUCCUGAUAGAACGAGCAGGAAAAGCCAAUCAGCCCAUAUCCGCAAGGCUCGUCAGAAGGUGUGCGGCAAACCACUUGCUUGGCGAACAGGCAAUGCGGGCGCUCAUCGACAACCCAAGCACCGAGUUCCCCCUGGAAGCAUUUGUCGAGGUGAUUCGAAGCUUCGGUUUCGGGAUCAUCCUUCACUUGGUCGACGCAAAGAACCUGCGGCUGGAAUCUUUCAAGCCGAGGGAGCUUCACCGAAUUGCUUUUGCUUUGAUCAGUAACCAGCGGUGCGCCCCGGCAGUCCACUCCUGGUUCAGGGAUACGACCGGCCUCAAGAGCACGGAUAUCCCCGGCCUCGUGAACGAGAUGGCACAGCAAGAGCAUGCCCAAGCGCUGAUGCGGCAGAUAAUCAAGGAUCCGCUGGGUUCGGAGGACAUGCUCGUCGCUAUCAGCGUCUUGAACGUGAAACAGGCCAAAGGAAUGCUCGAAAACUCAGAUACAAGGCUGGAACUGAAAAAAGACGCCAUUGAAGCGGUACUUUCGAGUCGGUCCUCCCCGCUACGGCUCCUCUCCGCGUUGCUCGAUAAAACCGUCUCCAACGAGAAAAGCGGGAACUUCAUCGAGCAUGCUGCCAUUGUUGCGGUGGCGAGAGACACCCGAAAUGGGACGAAAGCGCUUAUGCAGCUUGUUCGCAAGUACGGAAUGUCUAUCAUUACGGCCGAGGUUCUCGAAGUCGUCGCCAGCAACCCCAUGUGCGCCUCGGAAAUGGUCUCGGAGCUCAAAAAAGAAUUCGAUUGCACUUUCAUCUCGCAGCGAUUGACACGCAGAGUGCUUACAACGGCUCUUCGGAACUGGGAGAUGGCAGCCCCGCUUGUUGAGCUCUUUAGGAAGUGUGAGACAGGCGGGCUCGUACUCAUGCCCGCAGAAGAAGAGGCCAUGGAGAUAGCCCGCCACAAGGACAAGGGAACAUUGGCCAAAUUGCUAGAAGAGCCCUUCCAUCUUAACCCCUCUGAAAGGCUUCUGGAAGCUGCUGCGAGCAAUUGGCACCACGGGCCCGCCAUGGUCGAACUGCUCCUGGAGAAGAUGGGCGAGCAUUUCGCCAGCUCAAAAUGCGUCCCAAAACGCAUCUUGAGAGAAACAUUGGCAAACUGGAGUUGCGCGCCCAAGAUUUUGCAAAUCUUCAGAAAGAGGCAGAUGAAUUUGGAAGUCACCAGUAGCGUGCUUUGCGCCGCGGCGCAAAACCCCGUCUCCGGCGUACAGUUGACCAGGAUAUUGCUGAAGAGGCCCGGCGCGGCCGCCGAGAUUACCCCUAAUGUUCUGAAAGCAGCAGCAACGAACUUAGGGUGUUCUCUACAGUUGGUGCGGCUUCUUCUACCCAAGACAGAAGCAAACGUGGUGACCACAAGCGUUCUCAAGGCUGUCGCUGGGAGUGGAUGUGUUGAUCCCGAAGUGCUGAAAGAGCUCCUUGAGCACAGCAACAGCGCAAGAGCAGACGAGAUUGUGCUACGAUCAGCAGCCCUAAACUACACGGCAGGCAGCAUUCUCAUGGUGGUGCCCCUUGAUAGGGGUAGAGAAGAGGCUAUCCCAUCAGCAGUGCCAAUUCCCGAGAAGAGCUUCCCUGCGCUCCUCGAGCCACCCUUUCUGUUCAACAAAAGCGGCGGGCCUGUUUUUCGAAGCGGUCCGAGAGUAGAGGAGGCUCCAUACAGAACAACAUUGUUGUGGAAGCGGCGUGACGGCACGGUCUACAACGAAGUGACGGCGCGCGUGGAGCGCGAAUGGACGUGGCACGAUGGGUGCUCGAUGCUACGGUUUCUACUGCGGUACAAUAAGGAGCUUUUGUGCCAAAGCAUCGCCGCUAAAGUCGCUCAGUUCAGCAGUCUGGACAUGGUUCGGAUAUUUUUCAACAAUGGCAUAGCCGCCAGCCAAGACAUCCUGGCUGCUGCUGUACAGAACGAAAAAUUCGGUUUCGACGUCACGGCCGGGGUGCUCCGCGAGAACUUGAACUUGGAGGUUACGCCCGACCUACUGUUACUCGCCGCGAAAAAUCCCCAGUGCGGUGGUGCCGUACUACAGCUUCUCCUCCGGCACGACCUGAGCAUCCGCGUGACUCCGAAUGUGAUGGAGACUGCGUUAGACAGCACGUGGAUUGACUACUUAUGCUUUGACAUUCUCCUCACAGCUUCACAGCGCGGACAAAGCAGCAAUGGUCCUGGCGAUGGCAUCGUGUCCAAGGCGGUGGCCGCCGUGCGCAACGGUGUGAGCGGCUACGAAAUGGCAGAUUUACUCUUGAGUCGCUAUCCCUCACAGCUCUCAGAGGUCGACCUAAUCGAAGCCGCUGCUAGAAACAGUGGCCCAUCAGCGCUUAGCAUAUGCCAAAUGGUCUGGCAGCGCAUCUCUCUCGACGUGGUUCCGGAUGGAGCGUUGGUAGCAGCCGCACGGAACCCGCAGCACGCCGAGGAACUUCUGCGCUUAUUGCUUCCAAACGCAGCUCCGUCCAUAGCGAGCCAUCGCUUGAUUGAAGCCGCCGUUGCAAAUGAGCGCAGUGGGCCGACCAUCACCGCGUGGCUGCUGCCGCGUACUGAGCCGACUAUGGGGUUCCCUGUUUCCGUGCUGUCUGCCGCCGCUUCCAACACAGCACACGGGCCAGAGCUGAUGGAUUUACUACUGAAAGCCAUGGGUACCGCUUCCGUGCUACUUCCUGAUGACGCUGCCGCUGUCAUGGAAGCUGGCGCUGCCAACUGGCGAUCUGGCGAUGCUGUGGUGAAGCUCCUUCUGGACUGCUAUGGACCCUCCGCAAUCGGACCCGCUGCCCUGAACGCAGCUGCGUCAAACACAGGAUGCGGCGAUGCAGUGCUGGAGCUUCUUAACGACACCGCGGACAGACCGCUGCCCGAGUCGGUAUGGAUUUCUGCAUGCGCCAAUCCGCGGCACGGCCGCCGCAUGGUUGCAGAGAUACUGGGCCGUUGCGAGCCCCUGAAGCGUGUCACAAGGCGCAUGGUUCAUGCGUCCAUCAAGAACGCUAUCUGCGGCUUUGAGAUGUUCGAGGCACUGAUCGCAGAGCAAUCCAAGGCUGAACUUGUGUCGAUAUGCAAGGAUUUGCUGGUGGCAGGCAGUCAAAGCCAACCUGCCCUGCUCGAUGAAGCCUUGUCCGCCAUUUUAGGAAGAGUCACACCUGGUGCAAUUUGCGUUGAAGCUGAAACACUCCAACGGCUUGAAGUGGACACGGUCACCGCACUGACUCAGACGCCGGGGUUGAUGUUAUACGUCACUGGUGGUGACGGGAAAGAAAUCGAGCCACCCGCUAUGUCAGUACUGCGAAGGCUUGUGGAGACUGAAAACAAGGCGACUGUUCGUCUUGCGUGCGAAUCGAUCGGCUGGAUGGUGCGCUUCGGAGACGGCAAAAUUGCACGCUUGUUGUUUGAAAAUGAACACCAGGACAGGCGCUGCAUCGUUGACUGGCUGGCAGCGGCCGCCAAAAAUCCACUUUAUGCGGUCGAAGUGACCGAAGCGUUGCUUGAGUGCGGCGCCACUGUUACCACCGGGGCAUGGGCGACUGCAGUCAAAAACGGCAAGCAGCAGAUCAUCAACCUCUAUCGCAACGGCCGCCACCCACCGCCAGACCCGCAAGCAUUGGUAAGCAGCGUUGGGGCACUGGUCGCGCACCCAAGGGUGAUGCAGUCACUCCUUGACUGCGUACCUGACCUCUCUAACACCGGUGACCUCCUCGUGUAUGCUCUGACCGACAUCGAAUCCCUGCAACUGCUUCUCGGAAAACUCUCGCACCACAACCUCUCGGAGACCUUUAUCGCCAUCGCCGCGAGUGAUGUGGAUGCCCUGCGUCUCCUGGUGACCAUCUGUCCCGAAUCCGCAAUCACCGAACCUGUGUGGAAAGUGGCUUUGAAGAACGAGGACGCGCUACGUGUCCUCCUUAAUCGCUACCCCCGACCUAUGAUCACUGAGGCCAUACUGCAGGCAGCGGCACCUGUGCUGGACCAUGUGCAGCUACUGUUGGAAGAUAGGAGCCUCCCAGAUCACCUGGUCUCCGAUGCCGUCCUGGUUUCUGCAGCCAAAAACCACCGCUCAUUGGAAUACUUUCUCGAAAAGAAGACAGCCUUUACCGCCACGGAAAGCAUCUUCCGUGCGGCUGCUGUCAGUCGCUUAAGCACAGCCGUGCUUCUCAAGCACGAUCAAAAGGCCUUGAUCACGGAGGGGGUGCUGUGCAAAGCCGCGGGGAACCCGGAAAUAAUGACACUACUUCUGGAAUCCGGCCGAACGAUGCAAGUUACAGAAGAGGUGCUACUCCAAGCCGCCUCACAGAGCAGCAAAGUCACGGAGCUUCUUCUCUUGCGCGAAGAAUCACUUCCCCUAUCCAGCCGGACACUGGAGAAAGCUAAUGCAGAGGCGCUUCAAUUGUUGUUGACGAAGAGACCUGACCUUCCCAUCACCGGUCUGGUCUGGCAGUCUGCCUUUAACGAUGCAGCCAAGAUGUCCGUAUUACUCGCGAAACAACCUGGUCUUACUAUGGACCGGCUCCUGGAGUAUGGCUCGAUUCAGUGGGCCUUGCAAAACCAGAAACCACCAUUGUUCCCUACCCUGGACGUAUUCAAACGAAUCUCAUUGGAGCCACAUUUCGUGGUGAAGACGGAACACCUGCUCCCCAUUCUUCAUGCCAUCGACAAAAGACCUCUCCGAGAGCAGCUGGACAUCUUGCGCGAGAUCCUGAAGGGGCGAAGGCAACUGGUCACGGAAGAUUUCCUGGUCAAUGCGCUUUCCGCUGACGCCGAACUCGCCGUCCUACGCGAAGUUUUGGAGCAAUCCACUCACGAUCAGAUUAUGCUCUCGGAAAAGUCGAUCGCGUACCUAUGCACCGUGCAGCAGGUCAACAGCGAGAAGCUCCUGUCAUUCUUUCGCAACACCAGCAAGUUCCAGCUGGUUGAGGGGCAAUGGGACGAUUAUCCCCGCAAAUUCAGCCAACCGAGAGAGACGGGAAAUCCUCAAGAACCCGCUGGUCUUCUGCCGCCCAGAAAUGGUAGAAGCCACCCAGGAUCCGUCGCGGAUGGUCUGAGUUCAAGGCUCAACUCAGACGUCUCAGUCACUGACGGGAGCUCUUCGCUUGAUAGCGUGGGGAAGCAGUGA